CCUAUGCACAAACAGUGCACACUCAUAUUUUCUCUCUCUCUCUCGCUCUCUCUCUCUCUCUCGCUCUCUCUCUCUCUCUCUCUCUCUCUCUCUCUCGCUCUCUCUCUCUCUCUCUCUCACACACACACAUGCUUUCAGUUAAUAUGGGGUGCAAUACGUCUCGAAGUAUCAUUCUACUGGCUGGCUUGAUUGUCCACAAAUACGGGGAUCAAUCAACGUCCAACCUGAGAUUUUGCUAUUCCCUCCUAUCGAAUUGUAUCAUCACUGCCUCUCACAGCUGCGACCCGUGGGCAUUCGAGUAGCACCCGGUGGAAGAUUGAAUCCGAGGUGAUGACUAACACUUGUUGUUCUCUUCUGUUCCUGAAAUAUAAAUACACAGAGUAGACCUAAUGGUUGGCUACUGAGCUAUAAAAGCAUCAGCAGGACCGCCACCGGUGUGUGUUGCAUUGUGCCAUCCAAAUUCAAGUAUGGAUAAUUCAUGACAUCUUGAAUUCACCUUGACAUGAAGAACACUGGAACAGUCAAGUAUUCUCGAGAAAAGACUUAACAUUAUUCUAAUGAUAAUCCAGAUAAUUAGCCCUACACCCUUUUCAAACACAUAUAGCCUAGUGGGAUUAAUAUUCAUCACAUUUUUAUUAGUUGCCUAUUAUUUAUGAUAGCCCUUGCAGAUAAAAAUGUUAACCGUGAGCCUAUCAAUGUCAUCCUGUAAGCCUCAUUCAGUGGCGACCCGUCAUUCAGGGCAGGUGGGGCAGAGCCUGUUUUGAGCCCCACAUUUUUAGCAAAAAAAAUGGGGCUUGCCUGUGUUACAUGUUAUUUUGGCAUUAAUACCUGUCACAUAUCAGAUUGCAAAUGAUAAUUGAGUUGAUAAAACAUGGUCUCUUAAUUUGUUUUCUUGAGUAAGGCAGCUCCAAAAUGCAGGUGUUUCAUCCUAGCUCAGUGCUUUCUGUGGUGGUGGGACAAGCCAGCAGAAAUAUGGAGCGUUGGGCCGUGAUUGGCUCAGUGUUCUGUCACUCAUGGGGACACUACGUCACCGCCAAGUCUAAGGGUAUACCUUGAAAAUUGAAGGCCCUUGGGUGCUGCGAUAGAGUUACAUUAGAAGUGCCCAUCCAGGAAGGCUCAAGAUCAUUGGCCACAGAUAAAAUGACGUCAAAUUAUAUUAUUUCUACAGUAGUUUUGAUUGGACUGAAAAACCUUAGCUAGCAGUCAUCAUCAUGAAUCAAUUCGACAAUCUACUGGCAAAUCCUUUUUUAUCCUUGUCAUAUGAAGAUAAAUAAUGAAGAGAAAUUAUAGAUAAAAUGUAUCGGUGCUCAUCGGAUAUAAACAUUACACAACAUUUUUGAAAUCACAAUCUUUUUUAAUUAGGCAAGUCAGUUAAGGACAAAUUCUUAUUUUCAAUGAUGACCUAGAAACAGUGGGUUAACUGCCUUGUUCAGGGGCAGAACGACAGAUUUUUACCUUGUCAGCUCAGGGAUUUGAUCUUGCAACCUUUCGGUUACUAGUCCAAUGCUCUAGCCACUAGGCUACCUACCACCCCAAUGAGUUGUUAGGAAUGAGAAUCAGUGGCUAACUGCAAGCAUUGUGAAGGAAUCAUUAGCCUGCUAUUCAGUGGAGUGGCUGUGUUGUACAAAGUCUAAGAUUAAGGGUCUCUUUUCCUAGUUCAAAAUUAGCAUUCAACAUUGGCCAUGCUGUUGAUGAAGCAUGAUUUGUGCUGCGCUCAAAACAACUGUACACUCUGAACUGCGAAAUCUGACAUUAGUUAGUUCAAGACAACUGGGAACCCGGGAAAAUACGUUUUGAACUUUCAUCCAACUCGGAAUUGUAAAUCUGGAACUCGGGCCUCUUUCUAGAGGUAUGACCUGAAGAUCAAUGACGUCAUCAUGAGUUUACCUUUUUGUUUUUUGAGUACCCAGUUGUCUUGAAAGCACCAUAAAUCCAGAGAAUGGCAGACUUUGAUGACAAAGUUUGAUGACAAAAUUUGCCCACGAAGGCCCGCCGCGCCACCUUCCUGUUCAAGUGAGCAAUAGCACAACAAGGUGAGUCCAACAAUGUCUUGUAUGCUGCUGCAGAAAUGAUGUAAUAUGCCAGGGAGAUAUGUAUACUGUAGCUAAGAAAGUAAUCCUAAGUGUACGUUUUAUAGUAAGCUUUUAGUAGCCCAUGUGCCUCACCCUAAUAAUUUAGCCUAUUUUCACCUCUUAUUUUUGCCUACUGUUCUGACUUGGUGGUGCACAUGUAGCCUAUAACCUGUUUUAGAGAAAUGUAAUCAUCAAAUAUUGUAAGAGCUUUCAUUGUCUGCUUAUAUGCCCCCUUUAUUUAUCCUCCGGUUCUGACUUGAUGUACAGGGAGAACACUGUAAGAACGGCCCAUGUUCUGAAUUCUGCCGCUAUACAUUUCAAAAGUGCUGAACAAAUAGUUAUAUUGACUACGUCCGUCCUAGCUCGUUCAUUAAUGUCUUAAUCGAAAUCACGGAUUGCCUCUUAUCCACUUGUCGUCCCCUUAUGGCAUAGUUUGUGCAUCUCAAUUCUCAGUAGAAACCACAUUUGUUUAAGCAAGUCAUCCAUAUCAGCUAUGUUUUUUAAAAGGCAGUAAAUGAGGCAGAAUGAACUGUUUCGCUGCCAGGCAAGGCUCCGCUGAAAGCCAGUUGUAGAAGUGGUAAGUUGUUGGGACUGCUGUUGGGACUCUGCUGUUAGGAUAGCUUUAUGUAGGCCUUAACAGUUUGUGCGCACCGUUUGUCACUGUUAUAGUGCAAUUAAUGUAUUUUUUAGUGUUGUGUUGUGGCUUUGCUGGCAUGCAUCCCAUAUUUUUAGUUUUUUUGCCCCACCAAGUUUUACAUGCUAAAAUUGCCACUGGUCCCGUUGGUGACCCGACUGAUUGCACGCUGUCUAAACAGCCCCCACUGUGUGAUACCUCUGCAGUCAGCUCAGGACUAUGACUGAAAUAUAUUUUUAACAAGGCUACUCAAAGCAAUUUCCUCUCCUGGCGAAUUGCACAGUAGCCGGGCCUUGGUGUCUAUUCAGUUUGGCUAGGGCUGCAGUGAUUAUGAUGACGGUGUAACCCAAAGGCUAACACUGGGACGCAAUCUCCCGAGUGGUGCAGCGGUCUAAGGCACUGCAUCUCAGUGCAAGAGGUGUCACUACAGUCCCUAGUUAAAAUCCAGGCUGUACCACAUCCGGCCGAGAUUGGAAGUCCCAUAGGGCUGCGUACAAUUGGCCCAGCGUUGUCCGGGUUUGGCCAGCGUAGGCCGUCAUUGUAAAUAAGAAUUUGUUCUUAACUGACUUGCCUAGUCCAUUCUGGGACUGGAAGAGUUUGGGCUGGUUGACUGACAGGGUGGUAAACAAACUUGACUGCCUGAGGAGUACAGUACAAAGCAAGAUCAAAGAUUUAGCCAUCUAACUUGACAAAAUAUUCUGUAAUAACUUUUUAUUUUUUUAGAAAGAUAAGCUUGAAAUGGGAUGGUUUAAUUGACUCAACAAUCAAAACACGAAGCCUAUUUAAGUUCAGAUUUCUUAAUGAACCCCAAAAAAUCUAGGGUUAUUUGUGGUUGUUUAUCAAAGUUAGCUUGCCAACUCAAUGAAUCUGCUUUGUAGUAUACAGUGCAUUCGGAAAUGUAACAUUUUGUUACAUUACAGCCUUAUUCUUAAAUGGAUUAAAGAAAAACAUUUCCUCAACAAUCUACACACAAUACCCCAUAAUGACAAAAAAAUCCAGGUGUUUAGAAAUUGUUGCAAAUGUAUAAAAAAAAAAAACUGAUAUCAAAUUUACAUAAGUAUUCAGACCCUUUACUCAGUACUUUGUUGAAGCACUUUUGGCAGCAAUUACAGCCUUGAGUCUUCUUGGGUAUGACGCUAUAAGCUUGGCACAUCUGUAUUUGGGGAGUUUCUCCCAUUCUUCUCUGCAGAUGCUCUCAAGCUCUGUCAGGUUGGAUGGGGAGCGUCGCUGCACAGCUAUUUUCACGUCUCUCCAGAGAUGUUCGAUCGGGUUUAAUUCUGGGCUCUGGCUGAGCCACUCAAGGACAUUCAGAGGCUUGUCCCGAAGCCACUCCUGCGUUGUCUUGGCUGUGUGCUCUUUACUUUCUCCGUUCAUCUUUCCUUCGAUCCUGACUAGUCUCCCAGUCCCUGCCGCUGAAAAAUUCCCCACAGCAUGCUGCUGCCAUCACCAUGUUCACCGUAGGGAUGGUGGUAGGUUUCCUCCAGACGUGACGCUUGGCAUUCAGGCCAAAGAUUUCAAUUUUGGUUCCAUCAGACCGGAGAAUCUUGUUUCUCAUGGUCUGAGAGUCCUUUAGGUGCCUUUUGCCAAACUUCAAGUGGGCUGUCAUGUGCCUUUUACUGAGGAGUGGCUUCCGUCUGGCAACUCAACUAUAAAGGCCUGAUUGGUGGAGUGCUGCAGAGAUGGUUGUCCUUCUAGAAGGUUCUCCCAUCUCCACAGAGGAACUCUGGAGCUCUGUCAGAGUGACCAUUGGGUUCUUGGUUACCUCCCUGACCAAGGCCCUUCCUCCCCAUUUACUCAGUUUGGCCGGGAGGCCAGCUCUAGGAAGAGGCUUGGUGAUUACAAACUUCUUCAAUUUAAGAAUGAUGGAGGCCACUGUGUUCUUGGGGACCUUCAAUGCUGCAGAAAUGUUUUGGUACCCUUCCCCAGACCUGUGCCUUGACACAAUCCUGUCUUGGAACUCUAAGGACAACUCCUUCGACCUCAUGGCUUGGAUUUUGCUCUGGCAUGCACUGUCAACUGUGGGACCUUAUAUAGACAGGUGUGUGCCUUUCCAAAUAAAGUCCUUUCACUUGAUUUUACCACAGGAGGAGUUCAAGUUCCAAUCAAGUUGUAGAAACAUCUCAAGGAUAAUCAAUGGAAACAGGAUGCACCUGAGCUCAAUUUCGAGUCUCAUAGCAAAGGGUCUGAAUACUUAUGUAAAUAAGGUAUUUCUGUUUUUUAUUUUUAAUACAUUUUAAACAAUUCUAAAAACCUGUUUUAGCUUUGUCAUUAUGGGGUAUUGUGAUGUCAUUAUGGGGUAUUGUGAUGUCAUUAUGGGGUAUUGUGUGUAGAUUGAGCAGGACAUUUUUUAUUGAAUACAUUUUAGAAUAAGGCUGUAAGUCAAUGGGUCUGAAUACUUUCCGAAUGUACUGUACCUCUCUGGAUGGUCGCACACGGGAUGUCUCCUAAGCGUGUAGCUAAAACAACAACAAAACACCGGUCCUAGACACUGAGUGAGUAAGUAAGAGAGACAGAGAGAGAUAGAGAGGGGGAAGUGUGUGUGUGUGAGAGUGAGAGAGAUUUUUGGGAGGGAAAUUCUUUGAAAGUGAAAGUGCUUUACAUGGUUUGCAUACUUGAAUGACUAUGUAAAUUGUAGAUUAGAAGAUUAUGUUGUCAGUGAUAAAAAAUAUCUAAAGUUGGUACAAUAGAAUCCUAAGCUUCAGGCCUACCAUUUCCUCUAUACUCCAUCCCUAAAGCAGAUACGUGCUAACAGCUAUGGAAGAAUUCCAAUCGCUUGAUUGAUCAGCUGUGCACACCAAAGAAUUAGUUUGAAUAAUUUCACAAUAAUAAACCCUUAACUCUGGUGGAAUUAGGCUAGGGAGUCCAUCAACAUAUUCUCCUCUGAACGUUGGAUGAUAUUUCUGUUGAUGAGCCAUUGUCAUUGAGAGAGAGAGAGAGAGAGAGUGAGAGAAAGUGACUUAAUGACAGGGGACAGACGUAAGAACAGGAGAUCCUUGAUAUUGUGACCCUUUGACAUAUGGAAAUGACGUGCAACAGGAAAGUUGAGCUCUGGGACUUGAUAAUGCGCGCCCUUCCGGCCAUGAAAACGUAGGAAGGGAGCGAGGACGAAAGAGGGGACACAACGUACUUCAGACAUGCAGAAGGUAAUUCGGAGUGGCAAGGAUAUAUUGCGACUGAAGACAGUAAACCAGAUUUUUUUCUAAAUGGACCACAUGAAUGGACAUCAGAAGCAACCGAGAGGGGUAUGGCGUUAAGCAGACUGCUGCUGCUGUGCAUGGUAGCCUCUGAGGUGUGGGAUGCUGAGACCAGGCCCAUAGACUUUGUGUGUGACAGAGAGUCCCGGAGGGACCUAAACACUGUGGCAGACAUGGAGGCUGCAUUGGCUGAUUGUGAUGUCUUGAAGACCCUGCCGUCCCCCAUUCAGCUCCCUUGCAUCAAGGUUCACAAGGCUUCCUGGGAGAGGAAAUCGACUCAGGAGAAGAGGAGGGACAUAGCUGUGUCUCUGGGUGCUCUGACUGGGAGUGUGAGGGUGGUUAGGACACUGAGCCAGCCUGGCUGUGCCUCAACUCUGCUGGAGAGGCUGGAGCAUACUGUCAACAAUUACCUACACAUAGUCACACACCUGGACAUCACGGGGUCUGUGGAGAGCCCAGUGUUGUCUUGUACCCCUCAGAGUACCCACAGCCUGAGCACUGUUCUGUGGACUUUCAGCAGACUGCUCACUGGCAAGCUGGAGUGGCUUAUGGCUGAUCUGACCCACAGGUGCCCCAGAAGAUGAUGGAGAGGAAACAAGGAGAGGAAGCUGCUUAAGGGUAUUAAGAUGCAGCCACAUAGAGAGAGCUGCUUUAGAGUAUUGAGACGGGCCCAAAGAGCAAAGUAGACGAAAAGAGGGAGUUGCUUUAGAGUAUUGAAAUGCCCCCAGAGAGGAGAGGAGAGGAGACGAGGAGAGGAGAGCUGCUCAGAGAGGAGAGGAGACGAGGAGAGGGGAGCUGCUCAGAGAGGAGAGGAGAGGAGACGAGGAGAGGGGAGCUGCUCAGAGAGGAGAGGAGAAAUGAAACAACCCCCUGCCACACAGCAAGCAGCCUUUUGUCUGGCUGACAAUGAAAACGUGUUUAAUGAAACAUGGAGAUACGUUACCCUCUGCUGGUCAUUAUUUGGAACUACAGUUCACUCUUUCAGGCUUCAGCGUGGACUGCAGGAUGUUUCUGCAGUACUACUACUACUACAAGGACAAAAGGAAUAAGAAGAAUGUACUGUUGACACAAUGACAUCAUGAUUGAUGAAAUGAAGGACUAUUUGAUGGCUUGCAACGUAUGGCACCUACCAACAGAGCAUUUGGAACAAGUGUGAAGCAAUUGGAGUCAUUAUUUGGAUGCGAUCAUAUACUUGUCCGCUUUUAGUAUUUUAAUAUAUUGUUCACUGUACAUUACAUUGGUUUUAAAACUGUAUUUUCAUUCAUUCCUUAAUCAGGCUAUAUAAAUAUUUCCUUAUACUUGUGUGAAAUUAUUCAAAUUAAACCCACAAAUGAAAUUGUAGCCUGCCUACACUUAAAAAAGCCUGUCUCAUAAAAUGCCAAAUUUUACGCAUCAUGUUUUAAUUAAACUUCUGUGAAAGUAAUACAAAUACUCGCUGAAACCACCCAGCUGUUGUACAAUGUUGGGAUCAUGAGGUCAAGGAGGGACCAUCACUAAUUGGAUAAACAACAAAAUGUUACAAAUGGGCGUGGUCAAUAAAAUACUGACAGAGGGGAAGAGCUUUUGCAGGGAUGGUGGCGAAUAGUGUGGAUGAAAUGGAGAGAAGGUUGGCGGGGCAACAGCUGUGCUGGAGUGCGAUCACUAUGGGUGAUUGUUCUGAUGAUACGGAGUGGAAUGACGAUGUUCAAGAAUCUGAAUGGUCUGUAAUGGAAAGACAUAGGAAGAAGAGAGAUCAUGAUACUGAAAGGUAGGAAGCCAAAUAAAAUAAAAUACAAAUUUCUCGCAUGAGUAGCUUCGUUUCACUGCCAAAAAGGGUCUGAAUGUAGGAUAACAGGGACUCUCAGCAACUAUAUUCAAUGUGCCGGACAAAUUUGAGGCUAUGAUUAAAAAGUUGGAGCUUUUCUCUGUCUGCAUUAACAAGGACAACACACAUGUCUUUCCAUUAUUGUAUGAUUGUUUUUGUGUGCAAAUGAACUCAAGCUUACGGACAAUGUGAAAUAGCGAACCACCUGAGUGAGUUGAGUGCGCAAUUACGCAGGUACUUUCCUGAAACGGAUGACACAAACAACUGGAUUCGUCAUCCCUUUCAUGCCCUGCCUCCAGUCCACUUACCGAUAUCUGAAAAGAGAGCCUCAUCGAAAUUGCAACAAGCGGUUCUGUGAAAAUGUUAUUUAAUCAGAAGCCACUGCCAGAUUUCUGGAUUGGGCUGCGCUCUGAGUAUCCUGCCUUUUAAGACCCUGAUGCCCUUUGCAACCAUGUACCUAUGUGAGAGUGAAUUCUCGGCCCUCACUAGCAUGAAAACUAAAUACAGGUACAGAUUGUGUGCAAAAAGACUGAGGCUCUCUCCAAUACAACCCAACAUUGCAGAGUUACUGUAUGUGCAUCCUUUCAAGCACACCCUUCUCAUUAACCUGCCGUGAGUGAUUCACCAUUUUUGAUGAACAAAUAAGGUUUUAUAUGAAAGAUGGUUAAAUAAAGAGCAAAAUUACUGAUUA